CUUGGGCAGACCCGGAAGCGGUGGCCCCAGGGGGAAGAUGGCGCCCUCAGGGCUGAAGGCGGUGGUGGGAGAGAAGAUCCUGAGUGGGGUUAUUCGAAGCGUCAAGAAGAAUGGAGAAUGGAAGGUUCUCGUCAUGGACCGCCCCAGCAUGCGGAUUCUGUCUUCCUGCUGUAAGAUGUCAGACAUUCUAGCUGAGGGCAUCACCAUUGUGGAGGACAUUAACAAGCGCAGGGAACCCAUCCCCAGCUUGGAAGCCAUUUACCUAUUGAGCCCGUGUGAGAAGUCUGUCCAGGCUCUGAUCAAUGACUUCCGGGGAACCCCUACCUUUACCUACAAAGCUGCCCACAUCUUCUUCACAGACACCUGUCCCGAGCCCCUUUUCCUUGAACUGGGCCGAUCGAGGCUGGCCAAGGCCGUGAAGACGCUGAAGGAGAUUCACUUGGCUUUCCUUCCCUACGAGUCCCAGGUGUUUUCCUUGGAUGCAGCCCAUAGUACUUAUAACUUAUACUGCCCCUUCCGGGUCAAUGCAAGGAUUCAGCAGCUGGAGAUUUUGGCCCAGCAGAUCGCUACGCUCUGUGCCACCCUGCACGAGUACCCUGCUAUUCGCUACCGAAGGGGGUCUGAGGACACUGCCCAGCUUGCCCACGCUGUCCUUGCCAAGCUCAAUGCCUUCAAAGCAGACAAUCCCAGCCUGGGGGAGGGCCCUGAGAAGAUGCGGUCUCAGCUACUGAUUGUGGACCGGGGCUCAGACCCUGUGUCCCCUUUGCUGCAUGAGCUCACUUUUCAGGCCAUGGCCUAUGACCUCCUGGACAUCCAGCAGGACACCUACAGGUACGAGACGACAGGUCUGAGUGAGACCCGGGAGAAGUCUGUGCUGCUGGAUGAGGAUGAUGAAUUGUGGGUGGAACUGAGGCACAUGCACAUUGCAGAUGUGUCCAGGAGAGUCACAGAGCUGCUGAAGACCUUCUGUGAGAGCAAGAGGCUGACCACAGAUAAGGCCAACAUAAAAGACCUCUCCCACAUCCUGAAAAAGAUGCCCCAAUAUCAGAAGGAACUGAACAAGUACUCGACACACCUGAACUUGGCCGAUGACUGCAUGAGGCACUUCAAGGGCACCGUGGAGAGGCUCUGCAGCGUCGAGCAGGACCUGGCUUUGGGCACAGAUGCAGAAGGGGAGAAGAUUAAGGAUGCCAUGAAGCUGAUUGUCCCCGUGCUGUUGGACACUGGAGUCCCCCCGUAUGACAAGAUCCGUAUCCUCCUCCUCUACAUCUUACUUCGGAAUGGAGUGACCGAGGAGAAUUUGGCCAAGCUCAUCCAGCAUGCCAAUGUACAGGCGCAUAGCAACCUCAUCCGAAACCUGGAGCAGCUCGGGGCCACAGUCACUGUUGCCACGGGCUCCGGGGCCCCUACCCGAGGAGAUCGAAAGGAGAGGUUGGAGCCGACCUACCAACUGUCCCGCUGGACACCCGUCAUCAAGGACGUGAUGGAGGACGCCGUAGAGGACAAGCUGGACCGGAAACUAUGGCCCUUUGUGUCUGACCCUGCCCCCGCCUCCAGCUCCCAGGCCGCUGUCAGCGCCCGCUUUGGUCACUGGCACAAGAACAAACCUUCGGUGGAGUCUUCCCGGGCUGGGCCCCGACUCCUGGUCUACAUGCUGGGUGGCGUGGCUAUGUCUGAGAUGCGGGCAGCCUAUGAGGUGACCCGGGCCACUGAAGGAAAGUGGGAGGUGCUCAUAGGUUCUUCCCACAUCCUCACUCCCACCCGGUUCCUGAAUGACCUCAAGAGUCUGGAUCAGAAACUGGAGGACAUCCCCAUGCCUUGAGUUUGGAGCAGCUUGAUGUAUUCUCCUCCCCUCCCCAACAGGCAAUAAAAUCCCAUCGACUCUCAGUCUCACCUCA